AUGUUCGCCGAAACAGCUCUCAUUUCCAACACCCAAGGAGUGCCAGAGAAGCGUUCGCUUACCGGCGCCUCCAACAACAUGAGGAAGCUGCUGAAGUCCUUCAAGAGGAUCUUCAAGAACUCGAAGGUCGUUAAGGAGAUGCCAAUCCCAACUCCAAUCCUCCACACUUGCCACACCGAGGAGGAGCACCAGAACUGGCUCAACGAGCAACUGGAGGCCAAGAUCAUCAGCCUACAGCAUUGA